AUGGAUUCAAGAGAAGUCAAGAAAGUCCACGACAUCUACCCGGACUACGAGGAGGAUGACCCCGCCGACAGCGUCAUGUCCGACAGCGUCUUGUCCGACAGCGAAGCGGCACACAGACGCCCAUCAAUCAAUGGCGCGAUCAACCACGCUCGUCCACGACCGAUCAGAGUCCCACGACCCAGCUCCGCGAGCUACCUGGCCUUCCAACACAAGCUGCAAUGCGCGCUGAGCAUCGGCAUCCACGAGCACUUCGACCAGGAGUUCAGCAAGAGCACCAGCACACGCAUAGCACAUGUGGAAAUUACAGAAGCCGGACUGACACUGCACCCCAACAGCCAGAGCAAGCUCUCCCAGCAAGAGCUCAUCGACCUCCAGAAAGCCACACAUUUCGAUAAGAAGGAACUGCAGCAAUGGUACAAGGGCUUCCUCAAAGACUGCCCCAGCGGCAUGCUCACCAAAUCCGAGUUCCAAAAAAUCUACAAGCAAUUCUUCCCCUUCGGCGACCCGUCCAGCUUCGCCGACUACGUCUUCAACGUCUUCGACGCCGACAAGAGCGGCAGCAUCGACUUUAAAGAAUUCAUCUGCGCCCUCUCCGUCACCUCGCGCGGCAAGAUGGAGGACAAGCUGGACUGGGCGUUCCAGCUCUACGACAUCGACGGAGACGGGCAGAUUAGUUAUAAUGAGAUGCUGCAGAUUGUCGAGGCGAUUUAUAAGAUGGUGGGGAGUAUGGUGAAAUUGCCCGAGGAUGAGGAUACGCCGGAGAAGCGGGUCAAGAAGAUUUUUAGGAUGAUGGAUAAGGAUGAGAAUGGGUCGUUGGAUAUGGCGGAGUUUAAGGAGGGCAGCAAGCGCGACGAGACGAUCGUCUCUGCGCUCUCACUCUACGAUGGGCUCGUUUGA